AUGGAUAUUUCUCUCGCUUUUAAACCUCAAAAACCCUCUCUUAUACCCAAACAAACCAACAUCAAAGCAGACCCUAAGAGGGACUGGAAUGCAAUCAUGAAAAACCACGCCAAGCUCAAAAAUGACCAUGCCAUUCUUUCUACAUAUACCCAAAUGGAAUCUCUAGGCAUUGCACCAAAUAACACCACUCUGCCUCUCAUUUUCAAGGCUUGCGCGAGGCUGAAUGCCGUUGAGAAAGGCAGGAGGAUACAUUCAAGUAUUCAGGGUACUAAUUUGGUCACAGAUGUUCGAGUUGGGACAGCUGUUGUUAACUUUUAUUGUAAAUGUGGGUUACUCGAAGAGGCCAACCAAGUGUUUGAUAAAAUAACUCAUAGAGAUUUGGUUUCGUGGAAUGCAAUCAUAUCUGGGUUUGUGUGCUGUGGUUUUCAUGAGGAGGCAAUUGGGUGGUUUAGAAAGAUGAAAAAUGAGGGUUUUGUACCAAAUUCACGUACUUUGGUUGCAUUGCUUCUAGCGUGUGAGGGGGUGUUGGAAUUGAGGUUAGGAAAGGAGAUACAUGGGUAUUGUUUGAGGAAUGGAGAUUUCGAUAUGCAUCCUCAUGUGGGUACUGCUUUGAUUGGGUUCUAUUUGAAUUUUGAUGUGAGAGUUUCGAGUCUUGUGUUUGAUUUCAUGGUUAUGAGAAGUGAAGUGAGUUGGAAUGCAAUGAUUACUGGAUAUUUUGAUUCAGGGAAUUCGGUGAAAGCUUUGGAGCUUUUUGUUCGGAUACUGGAGGAUGGGAUUAAGAUUGAUUUGGUUACAAUAUUGGUUGUGAUUCAGGCAUGUGCAGAUUUUGGGUAUCUCAAAUUGGGGAUGACAGUACACCAAAUGGCUAUUAAGUUUAGCUAUAGUAAUGAUUUAUUCAUAGUAAAUGCAUUGCUUAACAUGUAUAGUGAGGUUGGGAGUUCAGAAUUAGCAUGCGAGUUAUUUGAUACCACCACAGUCCGUGAUGUUGCCUUGUGGAAUUCUAUGAUUUCUGCAUAUAUUGAAUAUGGAUGCUAUGAAGAAGCUAUUAAUGUUUUUAAUAGAAUGCAAGAAGAAAUAAGCCCAGAUGAAAGAACUAUUGUUGUUCUGCUGUCUUUGUGUAGAGAGUUAGAUGAUGGCUUGAAAAAGGGUAAAAGCUUGCAUGCUCAUGCAUGCAAGAGUGGAAUGAGAAUGGAUGUUUCUGUUGGAAAUGCAUUUUUGAGCAUGUACACAGAUCUAAGUUGUGUUGAAGCUGCACGGAAAGUUUUCAGUGAGAUGACUGAUGUAGAUGUCAUCUCAUAUAACACUUUGAUCUUGGCACUGGCCAGUGCCAAUUUGAAGGGUGAGGCCUGGGAAUUAUUCCAAAUCAUGCAAGCAUCUCAAGUCAAACCGAACUCUCAUACAAUGAUAUCUCUUCUUGCUACUUGUGGAGAUGAAACAUGUCUAAAAGUAGGACGAUCCAUCCAUGGUUUUACGAUAAAGCAUGGCUUUGAAAUCAAUCUACCCUUGAACACUGCAUUCACUGAUAUGUACAUGAAUGGUGGUGAUGAAGCAAAAGCUAGAAGUCUUUUUGAGGCCUGUCUCACCAGAGAUUUGAUCUCAUGGAAUGCUAUGAUUGCCAAUUACAUUAAAAUCAACCAAACAAAUGAAGCUUUGUUAUUUUUCAACCGUAUGAUUUCAGAGGUGGAACCUAAUUUGAUCACAAUCAUAAAUGUUCUCUCAGCAUGUACCAACCUCGCCAAUCUGCCUCAAGGCCGAUGCUUGCAUGGUUAUGCAAUACGGAGGUUUUCCCCUUCUGGUUCAAAUUUGUCUCUUGCAAAUGCAAUAAUAACAAUGUACACAAGAUCUGGUAGCAUGCUAACUGCUGAGAAGAUCUUUAAAAGCUUACCAAGGAGAAAUGCCAUCUCUUGGAAUGCCAUGAUAACUGGCUAUGGUACAAAUGGUCGUGGUUGUGAUGCCAUCAUUGCCUUCAAGCAGAUGUUAGAAGAUGGUUUCCAACCAAAUGAGGUAACUUUCUUGUCUGUUCUAUCUGCUUGCCGCCAUGCUGGCAUGAUAGAGCAGGGUCUGGAGCUUUUUUACUCCAUGGUUCGGGAUUUUACAAUGAUUCCUGCACUUGCUCAUUAUGGCUGUGUUGUUGAUCUACUUGGUCGUGGUGGAUGCUUAGAUGAAGCUGGAGAAUUUAUCAAUUCUAUGCCUAUUGAACCAGAUGCAUCAGUGUGGAGAGCACUGCUCAGUGCUUGUAGACUUCAUUCUAACCCAAAACUAGCUUCAUCCAUUUUUGAAAAUCUUGUCAAAUUAGAACCAACAAAUGCAGGAAAUUAUGUUUUGCUAUCCAAUAUAUAUGCUGAAGCAGGUCUUUGGUCAGAGGUAAGACAAAUAAGAACAUUGCUCAAAGAGAAGGGUUUAAGAAAGCCGCCAGGAACUAGUUGGAUUGUUAUAAGGGAUCAGAUUCACUGUUUUACUGCUGCAGAUACAUCACACCCUCAAUCUGACAAAAUUUAUGCAAAUUUGAAUUCUUUGUUGACCUUGAUUAGAGAACCUGGAUAUGUUACUGAUUUUCAUUUGGUAUGGCAUGAUGAAGAGGAUUAG